AUGAACGUUAAUAACUUCUUGAAUGAUGCUGCAAACUUGCCAACCAAUGAAAACUACAGACAUGAGGAAAUCAUUGAUUCAUGCAACUCGAUGGGUCCUUUAGAAAAAGGCAGAUAUUACGAGAUGGCGAAAGAAGAUUCCGCUACUCUUCACCAGGAAUCUUCUGUCUCUGAUGUCAAACGUGAUGCAAAAUCCAUAUUGACCAUCAUAGACACAAUGAAGCUAUUGAUGAACUACGAUAGUCUGUUUCUGUUCUGGGAGUCAGGCACCAGCUCCAGUCAAAAGAUUGGCCGCCUCUUGUCAGGAGAUAUGUCUUCAAUAUUUUUUAAGUGUAUUGAGAAAGAUGGCACUCCGAAGAGUUUCUUGGAAGCAAUGGGAAACGUCAAAAGAUGCCCAAUGCAAGAAAUACAACCUGCGACCAUUGCUGCCAACAACUUUAGGAAUAAGAUGAACAAACGUUUGAUAAGCUUGUUCAAUAAAGAAACUGGGGAAACAAGAAAAUCUUUCCCUUGGAAAACAAUCAAAAACAAAAAAGGCACCAUCAGAGCCAUUGGAUGGCCAGAAAAGAUGUCUUUUGUGCUACUCAGUCUUAUGGAAGAUAUUGAGAAAGAAAUGUUAGUUGAUGCCCUGGACAAAGGGCUCAUUUCUUUCUCUUGCUCUUUAGAGUAA